AUUUAAUGGAUUAAGGUUAAGAUCAUCAAGUUAUGGAUAAGGAUGAAGAGAUCAAGCAACUAAAGUUGGAGCUAUAGGAAUGCAGAGAAAGGGAAAAACGAUUUAAAGAUAUCUCUCAACAUCUGACUCAAUUAGAGGCAAGGUAAAUUGUAUUGAUAUGAUGAAAGAUAUAAUAAUUUGAAGGAUUAAAAAUAAAUAAGUGAGUAAUAGUUGAAAACAUAGAUUGAGUAAUAUCAGAAGAUGGUGAAGAUAUAACAGAAGGAGAUAGAAAAUUUGAAAUAAUAAGUUUAAGAAUUGGAGGAUGAGCUUGUAGAGAAUGAGGAAUAAUAGAAGUAGCCAAACAAAAUAAUCGCAGAUGAAAACCUUGCGAUUAACAAAUUAAAUAGUGAGAAAACAUAAUUAGAUGAAGAAGUGAAGGGAUUAAAGGACAAAAUCAAAUAGUAUCAAAUUUGUAUUAGUUUAGAAUAAAACAGGAGUAUGAUAGCAUAUCCAAAGACUUCUUGUCCUUAAGUAAGCAAACAGAUGCAACCAAGAGCUAAUUUGCUUAGGUAAUGAUUUUUUGAAAUAAAUAAGAUUAAGGAGGAAUUGGCAUAGAAGACUUAAGAAUUGAGACACACAAGAAGACAAUAUUAAGAGGCUUUGAAUUACAUCAGCCAAUAGCAACCAAAUGCUUCAUUCCAAAAUAAUUCAGCAGUGAAUGAAUUGUCAUAGGCUAAUUAAUAACUGCAGACUCAAAAUCAAUAACUAAAUAGAACGAUAUCUAAGUUGAAAUAAGAUUUAGACCAUGUUAAGAAGGCUCAUUAAGAAGUCUUGAUCGAGGCUGAUAUGUUGAGUAGAAAUUUAGAAUAAUCAUAAUUAUUGAGUGAAUAGAGUAAAAAUCAGAAAGAAGAUGUAAGGAAAUGAAUAAUAUGAGUAUAGAUUUCUUAGGAGUUGGAAAGAGUGAUUAGAAUUGAGGAGUAGCAAUUUUCAUAACGAAUAAUGCUGUUGAGAUCUCUGAAAGAUGAACUACAGGAUACGAAAUCAAGAAGUUUGUUGAAUUUGAGAAGAUAUAAUUAUUGAUAAUAAUUUUUAUU